GCCCUCCGUGAAGACCCGUAAGGAUAGGGAGAACUUUCGCAGGUGUACUGCAGGUGACGUCAUGAGUGAAGUGUAGCAGUUUUAUGUUCAGGGAUUAAGAAUUUGUGCUAGAACAAGCUGCCUUGUUUGUGGUAUACGUCGUUGUAGUAGGUAGUAAAAGAAUGCUUUUUAAGCCAGUCUUUUUCUUUCAGAUGCUUCAAAUAGAACCAAUGUAAAAAGACUUAAUUUGCCUUUCUAAAACUGUACAUUGGUUAAUAACUUCAAGAAAAUGUGUACAUCUAGGAUCCAAGAGUGUGGUUUCAUAGUCUGACCCAAAGAACAAGGAAACCCUCACCAGCUUUCAGUGGUUUUCUUUUGCCAUAUGAAUGUUUAAGGCUGAUGAUGAAUGAAAUGUGACAUUUAUUUGCACUACACUUAUUUCAUAAUGGAAUCCAGCAAUUUAGGAGGUGUAAAGCACAGUCAGUUUGUCAUGCACUUGGGUGACCUGAACAGCAAUAUUACUCCUAACACAAGUGUUUCUGCAAGUUUACUGAACAGCACUGUCACCUUAAGUAAUGGAAGUUUUCCUGUGCCAGAAGAAUCUAAAAGGUUGAAAGUUGAUGUCAUAAAUUCAGAAAAUGGAAGCUCUGCAGGCAUUGUGCUCUUGCAGAAUAGUAUCAAUACAUGUAAUGCAAAAAAAAGUCAAGGCUUGUAUAGGAAAAGGUUCGGAAGUGAGGAACCAGCACUCUUGUCUGCAACACCUGUCCACAGACUUGUCGACUUUUCAGUUCAAAGUGCAGAGAAAGUCAGUAAGUACUGUGAAGACAAAAAUCCUACCAAAGAUUUACAGAGCUACAAUGCCCACUGUCCUAUGGCCAGUAGUAGUACUAGUAGAACCUUUUCCUGUUUAUCUCGCACUGGAGAUGAUGGCAGCUCUGUACCAUUAAUAGCUAACAAGUGUUAUUCCGAGCCAAUAUUGUGCAUCAGUGCCAAAGCAUGUUGUGAGAGAACUGAUGAAUUAGCAGACGACAGAGGUUUGAACUUUCCUUCAUUUUGUUCAGCCGAGUUUGAAACUCGAGGAGGCAGUUUUCUUGCCUUUGCCACUGAGAAGCCUUCUACUGUUUCUCUGUUAGAGGAUUCUGAGGAUGCAAGUAGUUUGAGUGAUAAUCUUUUUGUUUUGGAACAUCAGGAUUGUCAAAAGGCAGUUGAAAUGGCUGGAACAAAUGCUGCAGAAGUGAAGAAUCCAGUUACUUUACCUGUAAAACACAGUGAACACUUACAAAGUGGACAGGAAAAUAUUAGUUUGGUUAACAGAGAAUGUACUGUAAAGAAUGUUUUUUGUUUUCCAGAGACACCCUCCCCAGCUUUGGAGCUGAAUUUCUUCAGUGAUGAACACAAUGAAGACAGGUUGCAACUGUGUUUAUCCAACAAUGCUGAAACUAAGUUAAGUAAAUGUUCAGGUGUAACCAGCAGUGAGGCGAUAUUCAACACUACAGUGGUCUUUGAAAAUAAAAGUCAUUACAACCAAAUAUUUGCAAAUGAUGAAAAUGAAGAGGAAUCUAAAAGUAUAAAAGAAGAAACCAAGAAAAAGAAUGAAAAAAAUCUUUCUAAUGUGCAGAUUCAAAAUCAAGAGCUGCUUGAAUCCAAAUGCAAAGGGAUUCGUGGAGUUGAGAAGCUUACAUUAGGCAUAAUUCAACAUAGUGGAACAUUGGAAAAAGCUGUUCUUCAUAGUGAAGAAACAUUUUUGAUAUGUAGUCCUUUGGAAACCAGUAAGCGGCCAGUAACUUGUACUUCCACGCCACUGCCAGGAUCUCGAAACAUGACUUUUAUGCUACCAGAACUUGAAGGGCCUCCUGACAGCAAUGUAGAAUCUGCUGUACAGAAUUCCAUUCCUGCAGUCUGCAGUACUACGAACUUUGUGUCCGCUGUUUCACAGUCACCUAAAUCCAAAAAAAUGGAUUUCAUGCCCAAGUCCACCAGCAGAAAGCCUAGCGUGCUAACAAACAAGCCAGGGAAAUCGGAAAUUAUGAAUUUUCCCAAACCCAACUUUAAGGAUAUUAAACCAAAGGUAAUUUCCCGGCCUGUGUCACAGGCCACAAGUGACACUUCUCCACUUGGAAAGACAUCCCCAAGAUCCCAAUCAGUAAAGCCUAAUUCAUUGUCUCCAGUGUCUUCACCGAGGCCUUCCUCUCAUGCUGCAAGAAUGCCCAGAAAUGAAAUUGCUGCUAAGCAAGAACCAGCUGCAGUACAUCAGAAGCAAAUUGCCAACAAAAACAGAUGCCCUGGUCAAAUUAAUAACACUAGAGCAUCUUCCAAAAUGAUAUCCACAAGAACCGACAGAGCAGCAAGUACUAGUAAGCAGACUUUCCCUGAUCCUGAAAAAGCCAGCACUUCAAGCUCAUCCGUUUCUGUCCCUAGUCCACGAAAAACAACUAAUGCUGUUAAAUACAAAAAACAGAAAGAGAACAUGCCCAUGAAUGUAGCUUGCUGUAGAACUGAACCACAUCUGACUGAUGCAGCCAACAUGAAGACUGGAACAGAACAGCUGAAGCAGCGACCUUUAUCAGAUGAUGCCGUGUAUGAGCAGUCAUCAGAGCGAGAUAGCGCACACACACCAGCAGCUUUGACUAGUAUACCUAAAGCAUCCAAUAUCAGGCCACUUAAAGAUGUUAGAAAAGCACCUACUUGCUGCUCAAAAAGUAAAGCUGCCACACGAACCGUGGGUUUUGAAGUUAAAGCUUCAGUUGCUGUACAUCCCAACAGAAUAGGAGGUGUCAGCAAAGAUGGUCGCUUGGUUGGAAUUUUGUCUCCAGCAAAGGCUAAACCAAGAGCUGCUAGUGGCUCAACACCAAUGAGUCCAGUAACAAAGUCUUCAUUUGCUAAAGGGUCAGUGACGUCAGUGAUCAGUUCGGGCAAACUGUUACCUCAGUCCAAAGUUUUGGGCAAAGCCUCUGAACGGACCAGAGCAUUUAGCUUGUCUUCAGCUUGCAGUACUGAGAGUUUACAAAGCAAUAUCAGCACUUCAACUGCCGCAAGCAGCAAAACUGAAGGGUCAUCCAGAAUUGCAGGCCGCCAUCUAAGUACUAGCAGAGCAGUGUCUGUGAAGGCUGCAGUUCCAACAACCCCCAAGACUAGAAGCCAGCCACCAGUGAAAAGCAUCUUACCAGGUACCAAGAAUGCACAAUCAGCAUUUAAUCUGGUUCCUAAAAAAACGUCUGCACUGGUUACAAAGCAAUUGGGAGCACUUAAUGAAAAGCAGUUUUCAGUCGAAAAGGCAAAGCAGAAACCAAGUCCAAGGAGCCCUAGGACACAGACACGGACCCUUACAGAUAUCCACACGACUGAUGCAAAAAUUGGAUCUGAAAGUUUCAAGGCAAAAUGUGAGAAACAGACUAAAUUCAUCCAAGAGCUAAAACAACUGCUGUCAGCUGGUAACCAGAAAUUAGAAGCCAUAACUGUUGUAGUCCAGUACUUCCUGGCACAGCGGGAGGAAGCACUUAAACAACGCCAAGCACUAUCUCAGGAACUUGCUAGCCUUCGUAAAGAUUUGGUGGCAACUGUUUCGAACUGUGAAAAACAAGAGGAGGAGAAAGAGGAGCUGAAGACUGGCUAUGAGUGUAUGCUUCAGAAACUGCAAGAGCAGCACCAGGCACAGCUCAGUGAGCUUGAUGACAAGUACCAGCAGUACUAUACGCAUGAGUUUGAGAAGCUACAGCAUGCCUGCAAGGAGGAAACUGCCAGAUUCCGAAGCAAACUGCAAGAGAAGGUUGACGUUUUGAACUGCACCCAUGAAAAAGUCAAGCAAGAACUUGAAACCAGCCAUGUGGAGCAACUUAACAACAUAAAAGACCAGUAUGAAGCAGAUCUUGCAGAGCUCAGAGCAUCAUAUGAAACAGAGAAGAAAACCUUAGAGGAGUCUUACGCAGAAGAACAGACUAGCCUAGAGAAAAAAAUUCAAGAAUUAAAUGAAGUGAAUACCAGCCUGAAAGAAAAGCUAAAAGCAGAAGAAGAACUGAGAAAAUCAUUUACAGAAAAAUCUAAUCAGAAGAACCCGCAGCUUGUAUAUUUAGAACAGGAGCUGGAGAGUUUAAAAGCAGUGUUGGAAAUAAAGAACGAGAAGCUCCAUGAGCAAGACAAGAAGAUGAUGUUUAUGGAUAAACUGGUAGAAAACAAUACAGCAUUAGAAGAGAAAGUAAAAAGGUUACAGCAGGAAAAUGAAGAUCUCAAGGCUCGCAUGGAUAAACAUGUGGCAUUAUCAAGACAAUUGUCUACAGAACAAGCUGUUUUACAAGAGUCUCUCAGCAAAGAAUCUAAAGUCAACAAAAGAUUAUCUAUGGAAAAUGAAGAACUUUUGUGGAAGUUGCAUAAUGGGGAUAUAUGCAGUCCCAGAAAGUUGUCACCGACUUCUCCACCCAUGACUAUGCAAUCCCCAAGGAAUUCUAGUUCACUGUCAAGCCCCACUGUGUCUCCAAGAUGACGUCAGUGGAGUUGAGACUGUAAGCAUAUCACUUGUGAUCUGCUAGUUUAUUACUAAUCAUGACAAAUAAUGGCUAUAUUAGUUGGAUAUGAUCAUGAAGAAAAAACUGGUAGUUCUUUGUACAAAGAAAUGAUCAGAGACCCAGGAAAGCAGUGAUGCAUUCUCAUUCCUGAUAAAAAUGGUCAAAUAAUAAUAUAUUUUGAUGACAUUGCACAAAAGCACUUAAAGAGCAAGACGGGUCUUGCUUUAUUUUAAUUUUUCUGUCUCCCUGUAGGAGUAUAUGAAAAACUCAGGGCAUGUAAAUAAAUGAUCACUUGUCUAUUAUUGCAUUUCCUUUUCACAGGCAACUUUUGCAGAUUGUGCUUCUAUGGUUUGAAUGGAAUGGAUGUACUAAAUUGGAAUGUGUGUCAGAAGUAGCCUUCUUUGUUAUACUCACAGUAAAUGGAGAAAGUGUUUUAUCUUUUGAUAUAUAUGUAUGUACUUUGCAUGACUGAAGCAGCUACAUUUAACUACUUUUGAUCAGAAAUCAUUGCCACAAACCUUCGACAUGGUCCUAUUUGAGUGAUUCUCCCUCUCCUUGCUGUCAGAAAAUACUGUUUAAGGUUUUGAAAUUUGUGAAGAUGAAAGUGAUCUUCAUACUAUGUUCACUUGAACUUCAUCUUAAAUUAUCAACACCAAUGACACACAAGACAAGUGGAGUACAGCAUUAUGCAUGGAGUCGAAACUCGCUUGCACGUGCACACAUGUUAUUCAAGCAACAUUUGGGGCCAAGUGUGUCCCUGGGUGAGAUGUCUAUGCUAAACUUAGCAAAGUCACAGUUUACAAAAUGCACUGCACCUUUCAAGUUCAUCGUAACAGCAUACAAUGUAUUCCCCACUUGCUUUAAUUUGUGAGCAGCUGCAGAACAAGAAGUUUUCUGCACAUCUUCAGGAGAUGAGAGAAAUGUUAUCCACUCCUCCUUCCUCAAGGCUGCGGUAUCACCUGUUAAGAUUCCUUCAGAGAAUUUGGGCUUUUUUAUAUCUUUUAUAUUGGCUAUUUUGUCAGAUAACACUUUAUCUGAGUCUAACAAGUAGCUAAGUUCUCAUUUUGCAUUAGAUAACAGUAUACUGUAUGUCAUUGAUUUGUUUCUGAAAUGCAUCAUCUCUGCAACAGAUCAUUGGUAUCUGUACAUCUGAUGGGGUAGUGCUGAACACCUUCAGUUAAAAUUUCCGUUUAAGGCAGGGAACUAUAAGACUUUAUGGGUGGCUUUGCAGGAAGACCAUCAGAUUGCAGAACUUAAUUAUUGAGCAGCCAGCUGUAGAGAGAUUAAUGGAGUAUGCUUUUUGAUUACCAAAUCUCUGCUGUAUUCUGUUUCAGUCAGUGUAAUGUUUUCUAAGUGUGAACCUGUUUACUGGUUGUGUUCAGAACACUUCUUCACAUAAGACUGUUGUUAACAUGUUCCAACAUAAAAGGCCGUCUGCUGCACUUCUGGAAAUAAGUGAUGUGGAAUACUGUUUAUUUUGGAAAUUAUUAUAUGAUGAUUCAGAAAGGGCAUGCAUUAGAUAAAGUACACAGUGUGUGUGUUUCAUUGCUUAUUGCACUCCUAAUAAUGUUCCCAUCAAUGUAUAAGCAAGAAAUGAAUUGUUUCAGUCUUGAAAGUUAAUUACCUGAUUGUGACAAAGGGGCAUUUGGGGGAUUCAUUUUGCAAGUGCAAAGGAAUGUGUCACGUAUUUUUCUCUUCUUCACUUCUUUAAAACACAGUGUUCUUUGCAAAAUGACUUUAUUCUCAUGUUUUCCUUGUUCUUUUAGUAAAUCGGUUACCUCUUAUUGCCCUGUAUACAGAUACCAAUCUCUUUCUAAAGUAGUGAUUUGGUACUGUUACCAGCUGUGUUCUAGCACUAAAACUAAUACAAUCUUCAUAAACUAAAAAAGGUAUAAUGUUUCCUAUGUACUGCAUAUGGCCCACUGCACCAUUUUGAAGUAAUUUCACUUUGGAACAAUGCCUUGGACCCCUUUUUUUUUUUGUAGUUUGUGUGCUUGUUGCCAAGUUAACCCAACAGAACCCAAAAGUAACUGACUUGACUUCACAGUUUGGUAUAGAUAUGCACAGUGUUUUGCAUCUUCUCCAGUGUUAUCUGAUUCAGGGCUUGGGUGUGUGUACAUACGUUAGAACUGUAACAUCCACCUUCCAUUGAAUGAUUUGAGAUGUAACUUUGGUGUCUUUAUUCUUUUGGCAUUCACUUUAAUGAAGUGUGUGUGUGUGUUUGUGUGUGCAAGCUUGUGAGGCUUAUGCCAAGAUUUGUGAGAGUGGAAUUUCAUAACUUAGCUGGCAAAAAAUAAAUUGACUACUGAGUGCAGUUCAAAUGUAGUUGCUGAGUGUGCGUUUGUAUUUUGUAGAUAAUGUAAGAGAUGGAUGUACAGUAAAUCAUGCACAGUAUGUUUGGAAAGUCUAUUAUGUAAAAACAGAUGAAAUAAAGAUGGCUGAAAAUGUGUUCA